AUGACUGCUUCUGAUAUUCAUCCUCUCCCCACCACUCCCGACCAAGUCACAGCAUCUUGGCUCGGCAAAGUCCUUGGACAAAACAUCAAAUCUGCCCAACUCACUGAGAGCGUUCUCAACGCCACAGCCAGCAAACUAUUCUUCACCAUCGAAUAUCAAGACAGCAACGACGAGGCUGACCGACCAAAGCAUGUUUGUCUCAAGGGAGGCUUCAACCCUGCGAUGCUGGCGGCAGAAGGAUACAAAGACAUGCUUAUAGCCGCGUACACGAAUGAAGCCCGCUUCUUCAGCCUCGUCGCGCCGAAUCUGAGUCAUAUAUCACUUCCCAAAAUAUGGUGGGCGGGAGUUGGAGAAGAUCAGGGUAUUCUCGUCAUGGAAGAUUUGAAUAGGUCCGGAUUCACGUUCGGAAACCCCCAAGAUGUUUGGCCUGUCGAGAGACUCCGAGCUGGGGCCGAACAGCUUGCUGCGCUACACGCUAGCACUUGGGGAUAUUCAUCUGAGAAGUAUCCCUGGAUUACACCGUCUUAUGAGGGUAUGGUUAUGGCUCUGGCGGCCAUGUGGGACGAUCAAAUCCAUGGUGCCGAUCGACCUCCAUGUCCCGAUGUCAUCAAGAACUCCCGCGAACGUACCGUGGCCGCGAUAAAGAAGCACUUCGCAACAAAGAACCCAAAUUUCAUAUCCCUGAUUCACGGAGAUCCGCAUACUGGAAACACAUACUCCGACAAAGCAGGAAACCCACGCUUUCUCGACUGGCAAACCUUUCACAUUGGAUCACCAUUCCAUGAUCUGGCCUACUUCAUCGUCGGGGCUUUAACAGUAGGGGACCGUAGGACGCAUGAGAUAAGUAUUGUUGAACAUUACCUAGGGGCCUUAGCUCGGUUUGGUGGUCCAUCGUUGUCAAUCAAGGAUGAGGAGGUCAUGAAGGAGUAUUCAAAGUCGAUGAUGUCGGGAAUGGGAUGGAUUUUGACUCCUUAUGCUUUACAGCCCAAGGGGCGUGUGUUUGCCAUGUGUGAGCGAUAUGGUGCUGCUAUUGUUGAUCAUAAAGCGAUAGAGAUUGUCGAGUCGUUGCCGGAUCCUGAGUAG